AUGAGUUCUGGUAGUAGUAGCUCCCAUCGGAGAACGGGCAGCAACAAUUUUAGCGGAGUGAAGAUAAAUCGAGAAAUGCCAAGAUAUUGCGAUUGCGGGUACAUGGUCGCCGUACAAACUUCAUGGACGGCUACAAACCCAGGACGACGGUUCGUAGCUUGCCCUGAACGGGGGGUUAGUGGUUGUCGUUUUUUCAAUUGGUGUGAUCCUGAAAUGUGUGAUAGAUCGAAGCAAAUUAUACCAGGCUUGCUCAAAAGAAUCAACUAUUUGGAGGCGCAAGUUCCAUUGGAAGUCUCCGCGUUGGUUAAGAAGAUAUCAGAUUUGGAAUCCCAAUUGCCGCAGCAGAGUGAUGGGAAUGGGGGGAAACGGGGAUCUUGGUUUUUGUCGGCCCGUUUAGUUUUGUGGGCGGCUUCGGUAUCAGUUGCUUGUGUACUCUUUUAUUAUGUGGUUGUGUUGUAA